GAUGUAGUUCCGCUUUGUUCUCGGCAAUCCCGUUUAAUUCUGGGCCUAGAGGUUUGAUGGUGAAUGGUUGAAGGUCAAUCUAAUCGAAAGAACUGACUCAAGCAUGUCGUCCGCCUCCUCAGCUUGCAUGUUUUCUCUUCUACUACUAGUCUUCAUAACAGUAUUCGUCGGAGGAUCAUCGAACUCUUUUCCAUUUAAAGACAUUUUUAACAAUGACAUCUUGGUACGCUAUGAACCCGUUGGCUGUUUUAAAGAUGACGGAAACAGUCGUGCACUUCGAAAUCAUUACUACAACUACCGAACUCUUAUCGAUUGGAAAAAAUGGCCACAAAUCACUACAGAUAUUGUGAAGGAGUGCGCAAAAAAGGCCUACGAAAAGGGUUUCACAAAGUUAUUUGGUGUACAAUUUUAUGGUGAAUGCUGGAGCGAUGGCGACGCCGAAAGACGCUUUGCACUUUACGGAGAUUCAAAAAAUUGCGUUGAUGGGGUUGGAAAGUCAUGGACAAACCAAAUCUAUCGCUUCACAAGAGUUAUUAAAAGCCCUUCUAAACAGUGUAAUGUCAACGGGAAAGUCUACAACGUCGAGGAAACCAUGUACAUUCCAAAUGAUUGGUCGUCCAAUGUACACCACGCAAAGUGUAUGGAAUGUACUUGUUCACCACAAGGCAAACCAAGUGAUUGUCAACUGCAUAGCAUUUGUGACAUUGAUUUGCAAGGCCCCCAGUGCUCUAAAUACAAGAAUGUUACUGGUGAAUGCUGUCCACAAUGUGAUUGUGUCCACGAUGGGAAAGUUAUGUCAGAGGGCUCAGAAUGGGUCGACAAAAUCAAAAUGGGUCAACAUCUCCUCUGUCGCAAGUGUACAUGUGGUAGAAAGGGAWUCGCGACUUGUGACGUAAGGGCAGUCACUUGUUCAUGCGAUGGGGUUGUUAUACCUGACCCUGGUCAAUGCUGUCCUAAAUGUGUUCCAAAAGCAACGACAACAAAGGCACCAGAAACGUUGCCGCCAAAAACUGAGCAACCACCUUUUUCAAGACCUCCCAGACCUGUUAUUCUAGUUUGAGCURCGGUCUAUAUGUAGAAGUGUCAGUUUGAUCAGGAGUUGUCAAGGCAAAAAUAUUAUGAUAAAAAAUAAUUGAUUUGAAAUGGCACAGGACGUGUACGAUGUAUUAUAAACAUAUUCGAAGUAAAAAUUAAAUAAAAUUUACCUGAGCUAUUGAA